AUGAGCUUGCACAGAGGGGAUACCAAACCUGCUCUGCCCGGCGGCGUGGUGCUCCACCAACAAGAGAGGGCUCCUAGUCCUCCUUCGCCGGGCAAGCCACCCACGUCGUCGCCGGAAGACGAUCACAUAAGACCGUGGCGUUCGCCUCGCAGACCACUUCCGCUCGCCUCCUUGUCUAAUGCUGCUUCUUUGCAGCAGCUGCAGCAGAAGAAGCUCCCAGUGUACAACACCAUGCGCGGCACCCACAACUACGACGGCGAGCACAACCGCCACCAUGGGCACCACCAGCAGCAGCAGCAGCAGCAUCUCUGGCCCCACAGGGCGGACCGGUCCGGCUGCCUGCGGUGGACGAUGGCGGUGGUGUUCACGGUGCUGGCCAUCCUAGUGCUGCUGGGCGCCCUGUCCGUGCUGCUGGUGGUGCUGGUGCUGCAGCCCAGGGCGCCGUACCUGGCCGUGAUGACGGCGCGGCUGGACACCCUCGAGUACGACCAGCAAGGGGUGCUGGACGACGCGCAGCUCUCCCUGGGCGUGAUCGCCGCCAACGUGAACGCCCACGCCGCCGUCACCUUCUCGCACCUGGAGCUGAGGCUGAGCUUCAACGACACGGUGAUCGCGGUCCUGCGCGCCGACCCGUUCGUGGUGCCGCCCAAGGGCACGCUCCCGCUGGGCUACGUGGCGCCGUCGUCAGCGGUGCCGCUCGACCGCCCCGGGCGCACCGCCAUGGAGGCGGCGCUGAAGCGCGGCGUGGUGCCGUUCCGGGUGAACGGGCAGGCGAGGACGCGGUUCAAGGUCGGCGGGCUGGUGGCCGUCAAGUACUGGACGCGCCUCGCCUGCGAGAUCCGCUUCACCUGGCCCACCGGCACCGCGCUCAACUUCACCUGCAACUCCAAGGCCAGGUCCCGGUACUGA